AUGAGCGAUGCCUCGGAUCUUGCUGGUCGUCUAGACAAUAACUGGGUUAUGCGUUGGCUAGAUGAUAUUGGAUUACCACAGUAUAAAGAAGUUAUGAAUACUGCUAAAGUGGACGGAAGAAUUUUAAAUUAUUUAACUCUGGACCGGAAAGAAGAUGAAGAUGUCAUGGUUUGGACGAAUGGUCAUAUCAUUGAAUGGCUUCGCUCCAAUGAUAUUGCUGAAUACGCAAGCAACCUUCGCAGCUCUGGCGUUCAUGGAGCACUUUUUAGUUUAGAGCCGCUUUUCAAUAGUGAUACCCUGAUCGAGCUGCUAAAUAUCCCUAUUGGAGAAGUUCGUCUUCAUAGACAAACUGCAACUCUAUUUAACGCACUGAUUGGACCAGAAUGUCAACUAACUAAGAAACAGGCAGAAGCUGAAACAGGAACUGAAUUAUUGCUAUCGUUAGCUCGACAACAGAAGGCUCUUAAAAUGCCUUCAAGUGUUGUUUCAUUUAAGAAUGGUAAAUUAGUUCACGGCGAUAUUUUGUGUCCAAUUGGUGAAAAUGACGAUCCUAUGCCACCUCGCAAACCACCGCGAGUAUUUCUCUCCAACAAUCGCACUCUUCGAGACCGAUCUUUUUCCAACGACGUUAUUGCCAGAACAGAAUCGUUAUCGAUACAUAAUUCCGGCAGAUGA